ACAGUGCACCGAACACGGCGGAUCAGUCGUGAAAUCGUUCGAGGUGCGUGGCCGAGCGCGACAUAUCCGGCUAUUCGAGAAAAGAGGAUAUAUUAAUAUAUUCUCACGUGGAUAUUCUCUCCAGUUUCGCCUUGCACGCGUGUGUUCGCGUUUUAAAGCGACAGUUUUACACGCGCUUGUUCCUCCUCUUUUUCUUCUCAAGAAGAAAUGUGUUUACUUCCUUCGUGGUAUUAAUUGUGUUUUUCCCUGUGUGCUUUUCUUUUCUUUGAACUGUGACAUGUGAAUAAAUUUAAAUAAAGCACACGCAAUAAAUUGCACCGACAAUCUUGCAUUUCUAAAUGCGUUCGUGUUUCUGUUAAUUACGAAAAGAGUGAAAAUUGGCACUUAUAUAAAUAACAAGAAAGACGGAAAAUCGACUCCCUGCCAAUUCUAUCAAUGUGGACAUAGUGACUCUUAUAUUGUAAUAUCGCUUAUACAUAAUAAUCUAACAAUAAAAGAAAUAUUUUGGCUGCAUUUCAAGAAGCGGAAUUUUUUCAAAACGUGGGGUAAUAACCCGUGAGAUAACGAAAAAUUCAUAAACGACAAGAUGUAAGACAUCGCUGACAAUCGCAAUUAAGUGUAUCUCGAACAGAGUGAAAUUUAUUCUCUCAGUGAUAAGCAGAAGUGAUUUAGCUUAUCGACAUGAGCGGAAUGAAGAAGGCGAUCGGCGGAUCCAUUCACAGAAUACGUGAAUUCGAGCUCGAGAAGGUAAAUCUGAUGGACGAGUUCGACAUCCUGCAGAUCGUCGGAGAGGGUUGGUUCGGCAAGAUCCUGCUGACCGAACACCGCAGCACGCAAACCGAGAUGGUGUUGAAGGCGCUACCGAAGGCGUACACCGGCAUCUCGGACUUCUUUCGCGAAUUUCAUUAUGGAUUACAUCUGUCGGCGCACAGGAACGUCAUAACUACUUACGACGUGGCUUUCGAGACGGCCGGCUUUUACGUAUUUAGUCAGGAAUAUGCUCCGCUCGGCGAUCUUACGUCAAACGUGACAGAGACCGGGCUGGGUGAGCUUCACGCGAAGAGGGUGGCCAGGCAACUCGCCGCCGCGGUGCAUCACAUACACAGCCGCGAGCUGGUGCAUCGUGAUAUCAAGCUGGACAACAUACUCGUGUUUCGCAGCGAUUUUUCGCGCAUCAAGCUCUGCGACUUCGGCGAGACCAGGCGGGUCAACACCGUCGUGCGAAGGCACAACGAGUGGCUGCCGUACUCGCCGCCCGAGGUACUGCGGAUCGACACUGACGAGACGUACAAAGCUCGCACGUCGCACGAUGUCUGGCAAUUCGGCAUUGUCCUAUUUGUUUGCUUGACCGGAUGCCUGCCGUGGCAGAAGGCGGCAUUGGAUGAUCCGCGGUACACGAGAUAUCAAAACUGGCACAACGCAACGCUCAACAUCGCCAAGAAACCGAAAUUAUUUCAGCUGAUCAGCUCGCGGGCGCAGAGAAUGUUCAAGAGGCUGCUGGAUCCAAAGGUUGACAAGCGACCAAUCAGCGUGCUGGAGGUAAAUAAAUAUUUGGAGGACAGAUGGCUGGCGAAACUCGGGGCCGAAAAAGCAUUGAACGGCGGUGCCGACGAGAGAGACGAGCUCUGCCCGUCUAUGUACAGCUUCCAUAGUUCCUUGGAGGAGAAGAAUCAACUCCUCCAUACGCUUACGACGUAUGGCAUCGAGACGACGGUGGACCAUUCGAAGAAAAAGGAUCGCAUCAGGGAGUGGAUACAGGCCAGCACGAUCGACGAGGAAACCGAGGGAGACGAGUCGGAUAUGUGCGAGGACUCGGAAUUCUAUGAAGAUGAAGACGGGGACGAGAGUGAAGAGGCAGAGCCGGUCCCCAUGAGAGGCAGACAUUUCCCGGAGAGACGUCCGAGCGCGACGACGAAGGAUCUUAGAAAUAGAAGAGACAGCAGGGUCGGGCCGGCCCGGAGAGUCGCGUCGAAAAACAAAGUGGCCGUAAAGCCCGUCGAAAGGAAAAUACCUUUUGCUCCUCAAGUGGCGGAGGAGCGAGAAACGAUCGCACGCUUCGCCAGUUUCCCCAACGGCGAUCCGAGUCUCGCCGCAGCUGUGAGAAAUGGCAGCGAUCUCACCGAUGUUACCACCUCCGACGUAUCGUCAACGACGAACAAUUUACCCCCCGGCGAUCUUCGAGCUCCUCCCGUGUUAAGCGCCAACGGCCAGAACGCCAGGGUUUCCGCCAAAAUUAACGUCGAUAGUCCUCGAGAUGAGUUACCGAUCUCUGCUGAACAGUCAUCGCCGAAAAUUACGUCGGGCGAUCCGGACCCAGUUAAAGCCAGAGCUGAGAGCAGAGUUCCGAUGAGCCCGCAAAUCCCAGUCAGGAAGAAUCGCGCUCAUACAGCGCCGUUUGCGGAUGCGCGAUCGCCCGAGAAUCGAAGUCGAGACCCGACGAGAAGAGCGCAAUCCGCGUCAGUUUUGCCAGCACCGGAAACCAAGUCAGAGAACCCAUCUUCUCAAAUGUCAACGAAGACAUCAACGAGAACGUCGUCGCACCCGAUGACAUUUCGAACUGACAGCACCGUCGUUACGUCAUCGCGCGCGGCUAGAUCAGCUGUUCCACCUGCCGUUCGGACCGAUAGAGCAUCCGCGAUGCCGAUGACGGGUAACGCGAUUCUGGCCGAGCCCCAGCAUCCGAAUAACGCUCUUCCUAGCCGAGUCGAAAGCUCGUCGCAAAUUACAACACCGACGAACGCUUUCGCUAUGUCCACCGCCUCUCACUUGGCAAUGCAGAGCUUCAACGCUCUGCAGAGUAUCGCGGGCACGUCCUCGUCGCCCUCGCCGGCGAAUUCGUCGUUGAACGUCAAUAAACCUGUUCACCAAAUCGAGGCGGUGACCAUGACUUAUGGCAAAGAUGCGUAUGAACACUAUGGCAUUGCUCAGGGUGUCUUACUGCCAAAGAGAAUCAAUAUUGUCAGACAGGAUUCCACUGGCAGCGGCAACCGAUCUGCGAGCAAUUGAGAUGUAAACUACAAAAUGAUUAUCCUUGAGACCGAUGACAUUAAUUACGAAGUUCGAUCGAAUAUUGUCACUAUAUUCGGAGAUAUACAUAGUAUAUUUGGGAAAAGUAUUUUUCUGAGAUUCACACACAAUGUAAAUGAAGACUUGUAAGAGGAGACAAAAAUAUUUCGAGCAACAUUAAAUAUGCACACAUUUGUAUAAUAAUUUUGAUAUUGUAUCUAAUAAUGUUGAUAUUGUUGUUGCUUCAGAAAUUGCCAAGAAUUCCGUCGGAACGUGUUAAUAUAAGAUACUACGCGGUGUUCACAGGUAAAAUAAAGCUGUUACGAAAAUAAUAUUAUAACAGGACAGCGCAUUAUACAGACAAGGACAUCACGUUACGUGCAUCAUACUUCAUUAGUUUUAAGGGAUACUUAUAUCGCCACGUGUCGCUCGCUUCAUCAAGCAUAACGGGAUAAAAUUAGCGCCGCGUCUCGAAAGAGAUGCACCGUGCAAGAAUGCCGUUAGCUUUCUAUCGUUUUCGAGAGUGUGGAAAAAGAUGGGAAAAUCGUCCACGACACAAGUAUUCUUUCCAUUCUUUUAAUAUUAAUUUAUUUAUAAUUUUAUUUACAAUAUUAUUAUAUCAGAUAUCUUUCUUUGGCAGCGACAUACAAAGAAAGAUGUGAUCCGCGGAAUGUGAAUUAAUUAAAUAUAUGUAUAUGUGCUUUUUGUGAUAUUAGA